AAAAACAUUUUUUUUCACCACGAAACUAGUCAUCGCACUGAAAUACCUGGGGAAAUUUUCGUGGGAAGUUUCAGUAAACUGUGCGGAAGACACAAAUCGUUCACUUGCUAUUUGCUGUUGCCCUUGGGAACCAGGGAAGUGUACUCUCCACGAUGCCAGACACGGUUGACGGCGGGGACAUCCCAAAAUCGAAACGACCUUCAGAUUCGGCAUUCAAACAGCAACGACUUCCGGCAUGGCAACCAGUAUUGACCGCGGGAACGGUGCUUCCUGCCUUCUUUGUCAUUGGGAUUGCGUUUAUUCCUGUUGGGGUCGCACUGCUCUACUUUUCUAACGCGAUUACCGAGUUUGUGUAUGAUUACACCAAUUGCAUUCAACUAGAUAGCCUCAAUCGUACCUGUGCGGAUGUUAUAAGCUCGAAGGAAGCGGACGAAUGCAUCUGUUCGGUGAACUUUACGCUCGAGAAAGAUUUUCUCGGGAAAGUUUAUAUGUACUAUGGGCUAACUAAUUACUACCAGAAUCAUCGACGCUAUGUCAAGUCUCGAGACGACGAUCAGCUGUUGGGACGACUUUCGAUGACACCGUCGAGCGACUGCGCCCCAUUCGCGUACAGUGACGAAACUAACACGCAGCCAAUCGCCCCGUGUGGAGCGAUCGCGAAUUCGCUCUUCAGCGACACUUUCGAGCUGUCGUCCGAGAAGUACGGUCCGGUGCCACUGCUGCGGACAGAGAUUGCAUGGCCUUCCGAUAAGAAAAUUAAAUUCAGAAACCCGGAAGGUGAUUUGAAGGAGGCACUGAAGGGUUUCGUGCGGCCACGGGACUGGCGGAAGGAGCUUUGGGAGCUGGAUACGGUCGAUCGGAACAAUAACGGUUUUCAGAAUGAGGAUCUCAUCGUAUGGAUGCGCACAGCCGCUUUGCCCAGUUUCCGAAAGCUGCAUCGCCGCAUUGACCACAACAAGAAAUAUUUCGAGGAUGGCUUGGGAAAAGGAAACUACACCCUCAAAAUACAUUACUCGUAUUCGGUGAGUGAAUUCGACGGUACGAAGAAGAUCAUCCUGUCAACCACCUCGUUGCUGGGCGGUAAAAACCCAUUCCUUGGUUUUGCCUACAUCAUCGUUGGCAGCGUCUGUCUCCUGCUGGGAAUCGUCCUGUUGGUGAUUCACAUCAAAUGUAGUAAAAACACUUCCGGCAUCAACAGCGUCAGCCAGCGAACGCCGUACACAUAGGAGUUACUGUCGCUGAACAGCUAAAUCGUCCUUUCCAUAGUUGUUGGCUACUCUGCCCCGUGUAUUCCUAGGUUCUCAACCAAACAGCAGCAGCAGCUAUUCAAUAGCGAACGUGAACGUAUGACGACAAAAGGAGAAUUUAAUCGUUUCUAGCAACGACUAAUUGAAAAUUGUUUUCAGCUUUUAAGUUAAGUUUAAAUCGUGUUUUACAUUAUGUGAUUGCUGCUAUUAUUGUAUAGAGUUUUUAAUAGGAAGAAGGUGCUUAUUUAUCGGAACGCAUAUGUUACAGAAAAAAAGACUAACAGUAUUUGGUUGAUAGACUACACAUUUUUGCCACGUUUGUUAGAGAUAUUAGAUUGUUGAAAGCGAAAGUAGCUAUGCAGCUGUUCACCCUUGGUAAUCCGGAAGAAAAAAGAGUACAUUGAAAAUCACGUCAACUAGAGUAUAAACUUGAAUUCAUAGUAUUCCGUAGAACCCCGACAAAUCUGUAGAUGUUUACUAUUGGUUAAAAUCAAUUCGAAUAAUAGAGUCAGGGAUUGUUGGAACAUUUUGAGGGUCCCGGAAAACAGUUUCGUUUGUGUCACCGGGGCUCUCACUUUCAAAAUAUUUUGGUGAACAAGUAAAAUAUCAUCAUAAUGGUCUCUUUGGUCUGAAGAUUCCUGUAAAUUUUACUGUAUUUGUACCAUAGCAAUACGAAAUCCAUAUAUCAAUCUUAUCAUACACAUUUGAGAGUGGCCUUGUGUAGCGAUCGAGCCGUUUAGGGUAUGAGAGAACUAUGCCAAAAAUAAAUAUGCAUAUUGAAGAAA